AUGUCCUACGCCAUCAAAGUCCGUAUCUACCAAACCAACGAGAACGCCUUCUUCCGCGUCAUCGAGAAGGGUGUCUGGCACUACGCCAACGGCGGUACCUGGACCGAACAAGACGGCGCCCUCCUCCUCACCAUCGGAGGCAGCGGUACCUCCGGUAUCAUCCGCCUCCAAACCGAACAAGGAAAGGAAGCCUUCUUCGUCGCCUUCGGUGUCCACAACUACAAGCCAUGGCUCGACAUCAUCACCGGUCUUGGUGACGAUAUCACUGGUGUCCGCGCCCUCCCAGAAUACUACAACAACAGCAACCCAGAACGUGUUAAGUCCCGUGAGGCUCAGCGAACCAGCCAGUCCAUUCUUAACAUUGACCACCGCACCAUUGCUGCUCACUACAAGGUUGCUGAGGGCCACGAGCUCGAGCUUAACCUCGUCCUCGAAGCCCUCAUCAAAUCCCGCCUUAUAACUCUCGAAGUCAAGACUUUAUCCCGCGUUCAAAGACGCUGUAAUACCGUUAUAAACACCGAAAAUACAAUUAACGAUGUCCUCAAAGCUGCGAAAGAUGACGCGAAUGUAGAGAUGACGGAUGCACAAUCCGUGACCACUGUUGGAGAAACAAAACCGGAGUUGACGCAUGAACAAAAAGUCGAAGCAGCAGCUGAGAAGCUGGUGGAGGAUAUAUUGUUGGACUUUGCGCCGUUGGAGGAGGCUCUGAUGAGGUUGCAGUUGCUUACGGCUGCGAAUCGGAAAGAGGUGGCGAGGUAUGAACAGAAGAAGAUGCAGAUUGAGCAAGCGUCUCAAAAAGCCCGAAUUGAGAUGGUAGAACUCAAUUCAUCGCUCACCGAAGCGCAACAGCUUAAGCAGCACAAACUCGAAUAUGACGUUAUCGCCACAGAAAUCACAAGCUCGCCGAAUAGCCAGAAGACACGGCAAGCCCAAUAUGAUAGUAUUAACCGGUUAAACGCCGAAAUCGACGCGUUGGAACGUGAGAGGGCGGAUUACGGCAAAGUUUGGGCAGCUAGGAGAGGACAGUUUGGAGCAAUUGUCGAGGCUUUGAUGGGGAUGCAGGCACAGAUUCAAGAAGAUAAGGAGGAACAGGAGAGAAGGGAAGGUUUGGAUGAGGAUGAGGAGGAUGGGGAGAAGUCCGCUGAGGGUGAUGGGAAGGAAGCUAAGUCCGAAGAGAAUGCGGCAUCACAAAAUCCUGGCCAGGCUGGCGCAGAUGGGAAGGAACCAGGCUCCGGGGCGAAAGAAGAAGGAGACGUUUCGAUGGAGGAUACUCAGGUGGAAGAGGGAGAGCAUAUAAGCACAGGGGAUCAAUCACGUGUCACAUCACCACGGAUAGAUGAUGAUGACGAGAUCGAGGAAGGCGAGGAGCUAGAGGAAGGGGAAGAGCUCGGCGAAGAAGAGUCAAUUGCACCGACUCCGGCGGCCCAUGAUGCUUCAUUUGAGGAAAUGGAGACUGAUGAUCGGCCCCCUGAUCACGACGAUGAUAUGGAAGAUGAGGGUGCCAUCGAGGAACCUCACAUCGGUGACUCUCAAGAACCAAGAUCAUAUAACGCUUGA